CUUCCCCUGGCACCGCCCACUCUGCAGGGGCUGGAGUCCUGGGAAGCCCUAAGGCGCUUUCGGGGCCAGUGAGACCUGCCCAGCCCAGCGCCCUGGCUGCGUGAGCGAGUCAGUCUGGCUCCUCCGUGCCGGCAAUAUUGGGGGCACCUGAUGGGGACUGCUCAAGGCACUGGCUGUAACUGACCCAAGAGACGGAUCGGUCCGGGCUCCACGCUCCCUGCUGGAGAAAAGCCCCUUGCACACCCCUAGGGUGCUUUUUAUUCUUAUUUUCGAGAAAACAGCCUUCCUGUGGCUCAAGGAUGCGGCUUGCAGUCUGGGCUCCCUUUUUCACUGUGGUUGUUACCUGUAGCACGGGGGCGCUUAUCCCAGAAGCCGAAGUGAAGAUUGAGGUGCUCCAGAAGCCAUUCAUCUGCCACAGGAAAACUAAAUGGGGGGAUAUGAUGUUGGUGCAUUAUGAAGGCUACUUGGGAAAGGAUGGUUCAAUGUUUCACUCCACCCACAAGCACAACAAUGGUCAACCUAUGUGGUUUACGCUUGGCAUAAGAGAAGUCCUUAAAGGCUGGGACAAAGGUUUGAGGGAUAUGUGUGUAGGAGAAAAGCGGCAACUAACUAUUCCUCCAUCCCUUGCUUACGGAAAAGAAGGGAAAGGAAAAAUUCCCCCUGAAAGCACGUUGAUAUUCAACAUUGAUCUUCUAGAAAUUAGAAGUGGACCAAGAUCUCAUGAAUCAUUCCAACAAAUGGAUCUUAAUGAUGACUGGAAGCUAUCCAAGGAUGAGGUGAAAGAAUAUUUGAAGAAGGAAUUUGAAAAGCAUGGAGCACCAAUAAAUGACAGCUAUCAUGAUGUUUUGACUGAAGACAUAUUUGAUAAAGAAGACGAAGACCGUGAUGGAUUUAUAUCUGCGAGGGAGUUCACAUACAAGCAUGAUGAGCUGUAGAGAAACGUGGCAGAAUUUUCCAUGACACAGGGGUUAAGCGACUUAAAAGUGUCACAUGUUAUAACAAUUUUAUUCAGUAUUCAGCACUGACAGUGUCUCAUGGAACAGAAAAAAACAUUUUUUUUAUAUUCAAAACACUGUCUGUCUGAUGACCCAAAAUGUUGUAACUAUGUUUAUGUAUUGAAAUUAAACCUUUUUGUACCUCAGUUGAAAAGGUACAUGCAAUAAUGGUGGUUUUUCAUGUACAAAUUCUUAUUUUGUAUUAACUUAUUUUGCAAUUGUGAAACAAAAACUUGCCAUAUAAAAAACUUUAUAAAAUCAAAAUGCAGUCCUUUAUCUGGCUUGCAUUUUUUUCUUCUAUGUUACAUAUAUAAAUUCAGGUGACACUCUCUGUUUUAAUAAUAUGAUGCUAGUUUAAUUUUAAAUCAGUGACUUCAGUUACAUGGCACUAUUUUCCUAUGGAAAUCUGUGUUUGAAAAGCACAAAAAAAGACGUGCCAACUAAUUUUUCUGAAGCAAGCAGUCAAAAAGGAAGUACACUACAAAAGCAUAACAUGUUAUGAACCUUCUCAGCUGUAGCAAUAUAAUAUGCAGUAAUCUACAGAAGAUGGAAUAAGAAAAUCACAAUCUUCCACUGGUUUAUUUUUAUAUAUACAAUAAGUUUCCUCGGUGUCCCAAAAAUCAGUACUGUAUUUGGUAUUUAUUUCAAUGAUAUGAACUAGAACCAAGGUAGGAGUUGUUGCCUGUUAUUUUUGGUAUGAAACUGUCGGUUAUUAAAGUUCCAUUUGGGGUAGAGAGGGAAGGGGCAUGUGUACAAAUAUUUCAAAAAUAGCAACUUACAGCACAGCACCUUCACUUUUAAAUGGAAAACGUACUAAUACUAGUAAACAUAUUAUGCAUUGGAAUUAAGGAACUUGCAUCCAUGCAGAGAGACCAUUCAUUUCCUUUGACUACUAAAUAUGCUUUCGGCUGAAUGCUCAAGUUUCUGUUGCUUCACUUUGAGGGGGAAAGGUAUCCUGAGAGGAAGUGAAGUGGUCACAAGGACACCCGUAUUGAUCCAGUUCCUGUCCUUGUCUUAAAUUGUAUGGGGUAUAUGUUUGUCUUUUUUUUACAUUGCCCAUGGGGCAAAAGCAGUAUUUUUUAGAGGUGUGUACUGUACAAUGCAGUAUGGUUCUUGCAGUAUUUUCUGAGUGUUCCUUAAUUGAAGAUUAAGUGGACUGAAAUUUUAAACAAUAAACUGACUUUGAAUAUA